CAUUUUCCUAAUUAAAAUAUUUACCAACUUAUGUAUUAGGUUUAAUGAGUCUUAUAACUACCCAACCAGAUUAGAUGGUGACAAGAUUCACCCAUAUGCUAGAUGGUGACAAGCUUCUUGAACCAAUUCUCUGUUGACAGUCAUCAGUAUGCUACUAAAGCAAUUUGAAGUUGCUUGAUCUUCUUAAAUUGGAUUGCCUUUUAUUUAACCAACAUCACCAAACUUCAAUCUUUCUAAACAAAAGAAAAAAGAUGACAAGGGUUUGAACUGUUUCACAUUUAAUAUUUAGCCUUCUGUAUCUUGCGUGACUUAUAUCAUGUUUUCAAUGCCUUGCUUGAAAAAUGCAGUUGUGUAGGGCCUAUUCCAUGUCACUCUCAUUUGCUUGACAGAUUUUUGUUGUAGGAAACUAAAACAUGAAACUCAAGAUAAACAUUGUGCUUGUCAGUAUGUGAGUAAUAUCCACCAUGAGAAGUUAUCAUGUUGGCCCAAGAGUUUGGGGAACCGAGAUGCCAUUCCAAUGGAAUGUGUUUGCCAUCUCUAGACUUUAUAGGUUUUUUUUUUUUUACCAUAGUUUUUUAUGUUGGUGGGGUUUUACUUUUUAAAUAUAGUUGAGGCCUACUUUCCAUCCAAAAGGUUUGUUUGAUGAAAGCAAGAUAGCAUCUUCAAAGGAAUUCAAAGCCAUAACACAACUGUGGUAUUUGAAUGGAAGAUGUCCUGAAGGCACCAUUCCCAUCAGAAGAACAAAGAAAGAGGAUAUUCUAAGAGCAAGCUCAGUGAAAAGAUAUGAUAGAUGCUUAUCAAGCCACAAGCUGCUACAACCUCAUAUGCUCAGGUUUCAUUCAAGUAAACAGUGAAAUAGCAAUAGGGCCAACAUCUUCCCAGUCUCAGGCUAUCAUGGUUCCCAAUAUGAUAUCAGUAUACUUGUCUGGAAGGACAUCUACAUGAGGGCCAUCUGAUGGAUAGCCUGGAUCUUACCAAAAAUGCCACAUCGACACAUGCGUGUGUUCUUAGAAAAGCUCUCAAGUCCAACUUGUAAUGUGUGGGAUUGCAAAUUAGAGUUCGAUUUUCAUUGUAAGAUGAAAUGGCACCCUCCACUUCCACAUUUCCUCUUAAAGUUGCUGGGAAGGGCAUUGGCAAAUGGGCACCAUAUCUGGCUACGUAACGCUCUGUAUGCUGAUAGCAAGGUUUUCACACGCUUGCAUCUAGCAAAGAGCGCAGCUAUUCAGGGUCAUAAAUGAUAUAUUUUCUGAAGUUGAGAAACAUAUAGCCUAUGACACCCUAAUAAGUGAAUUGAAGAUGAGUGCUCUCCCCAGCCUUUGUGACCAUUUUGUGAAGCUGAUUAAAUAUUUGUUAGACAAUAAACCUGAAGAAAGGGAUCGGGUCAUCAUUCUAUUCCAAGACAUGCUGGAGGUUGUGACUAGAGACAUAAUGGAGGAACAGUUUUCCAGCCUUUUGGAUUCAAGCCAUGGUGGUGGUCCUUAUGGAAGGUAUGAAGCGAUGACACCUCUUGAUCAACAAUAUCGGUUAUUUGCAUCCUCUGCAGCAAUCAAAUUUCCACUACCUGAAUCAGAAGCCUGGAAAGAGAAGAUCAAAGGGCUGUAUCUGUUGCUCACUGUGAAGGAAUCUGCAAUGGAUGUACCAUCCAACCUAGAAGCCCGAAGGCGAAUUUCUUUCUUCUCAAAUUCUUUGUUCAUGGAUAUGCCACCAGCACCUAAAGUUCGUGAUAUGCUUUCAUUCUCUGCCUGCACAGGUGAGGUGCGACUUUGAUAGGAACUCGUUUAUUAUUCUGCUUUGGUGAUGGCUGCUAUAUCAAAGGCUGUGAAUCCUGCUGAGCCCAUCAAUCCCGUCGAGCCAAUCCAAAAUCUUGACCAGGUGACGCCUUAUCAUGUGAUUGUGAAAUUUAUAAAAGAACCUACAUGAAAACUUGAAAUUUGAGUUCAAUAGAGUUAAGCAUGAAAUUCAAUGAUCUUUUAUCAUGUAGUAGGCGCUUAUUUGAGAAAGAAGGUAGAUACCAGGGAUCUCUUAGUAAAAUCAGUUAUUGUCAGACAUUAUUAUUAUAAUUUCUAUCAGGGCAUGUACUACAAUGCUAAGAAAUACCA